AGCCGCCAGUCAGUGGUCACUCGGCUGCUGCUACUGUGAUAAAAAGACCACUGGCACCGGUUGUUUCACCUUCUGCAUUCGCCGCCACUUCCCAAAAGAUGCAUACUUGUGCUCCUCCUCAUCACUUUUCCUCUCUAAAGUUCCCUGAACUUCAUGGCUCCUCAAAGCUUAAUAAUUUGCAGGUUUUGAGGUCUUUUGGUUUGAGUAAGAGAAGCUUUAAGGUAUUUGCAGUGGCUGCUUCAUCGUCAUCAAGCAUGAGUGAGGCCUCUAAUUAUAUACCUGCUGCUCCUAUUUUUCUUCCUGAAGGACCAUGGCAGCAAAUUCCUGGGGGAGUUACUGCUGCAAAGGGGUUCAAAGCGGCAGGAAUAUAUGGUGGAUUGCGUGCCAAAGGAGAGAAGCCUGAUCUUGCGCUUGUUACUUGUGAUGUUGACGCUACAGCUGCAGGGGCAUUCACUACCAACAUGGUUGCAGCUGCACCAGUAUUAUACUGUAAAAAUGCAUUAGAUAUCUCAAAAACAGCACGUGCAGUGUUAAUAAAUGCUGGUCAAGCAAAUGCAGCAACAGGUGAUGCAGGCUACCAAGAUGUGCUAGAAUCUGCUGGUGCUCUUGCUAUGUUACUUAAAUUGAAGCCUGAGGAAGUUUUGAUUGAAUCCACUGGUAUCAUAGGUCAAAGAAUAAAGAAGGGAGCACUUCUAAAUUCGCUUCCAAAACUGGUUAAUUCUUUAUCUCCAUCCAUUGAAGGGGCAGGUUCCGCAGCUGUCGCAAUCACAACAACUGACCUUGUAAGCAAGAGUGUGGCCAUUGAGUCUCAGGUUGGAGGGACAAAUAUAAAAGUUGGGGGAAUGGCCAAAGGUUCUGGGAUGAUCCACCCAAAUAUGGCCACCAUGCUCGGUGUUAUAACGACUGAUGCCCUUGUCAACAGUGAUGUUUGGAGAAAAAUGGUGCAGAUUUCAGUGAAUCGGAGUUUUAACCAAAUUACUGUAGAUGGGGAUACAAGUACAAAUGAUACAGUCAUUGCUUUGGCUAGCGGAUUAUCUGGAUCAAUCUCAAUAUCUAACAUAAACUGCCAUGAGGCAAUGCAACUUCAAGCAUGCCUUGAUGCUGUAAUGCAAGGUCUUGCAAAAUCAAUAGCUUGGGAUGGAGAAGGAGCUACAUGUCUAAUUGAGGUCACAGUAACUGGGGCAGAAAGUGAGGCGAAGGCAGCAAAAAUUGCACGCGCAGUAGCAUCGUCUUCUCUUGUCAAGGCAGCUGUUUAUGGCAGAGAUCCAAACUGGGGACGCAUUGCUGCUGCUGCUGGCUAUGCAGGAAUUCCUUUCCACCAAAACAAUCUUCGUAUUAUGCUGGGAGAUAUUUUGCUGAUGGAUAAUGGGCAACCACUUUCAUUUGACAGGUCUGCGGCCAGUAACUAUCUUAGGAAGGCUGGUGAGAUCCAUGGCACGGUUGGAAUCUACAUAUCCGUGGGUGAUGGACCAGGAAGUGGGCAAGCCUGGGGCUGUGAUUUAAGUUAUGAUUAUGUCAAAAUAAAUGCUGAAUACACAACAUAGACAAAUUCUCACCUUUUCUUUCCAUCGCCAGUUCUCCCCUGUUUGAGGUGUUAGGCUGUAUGAUGAUAUCAUCAAUCAAGUGUUCCCUUUAUAUUAUUGAAUAAUAUCAUUGACUUGUCAGAAAUAAUAAAGUUUAACCCUGUGAGUUAUUCGAAGCGUGAUAA